AUGAAUGAAAAACAUUUUGGUGGUAAUGCAAAAGCCUGUAGACCUCCUAAAGAAUUAGAAUUUAUUCCAACUGUACCCAUACUUAAAUUUUUCUUUGCUGUAUGGUUCUAUAAAGAACAACAUGAAAUUCAGCGUGUUAUUUCUGAAUCAGAUCCAGAGAAAAUUGGAUUAGUAAAAAUUUUCCUUAACUCGGGAUGGUCGGUUUUGAUAACUAAUAUUGAAUAUGCUAAAGCAUUUUUCGCUGAGAACGAUGAUGUCCUUCCAAAAGUAGAGGCACCCGAGGAUCAUCCAAUAAGAAAGUUCUUUGGAAGAGGAAUAUCUUUUGCGAACGGAGAACAUCGAAUGCGACAACGAAAGAUGGCAAUGCCAGCAUUUAACAAAUCUCUUAAACCCGAGAUGAUUGGAGAAUGUACCAGUGAACUUAUAACUUUGCUAAAUAAACAUACUGAUACUCCGUUAGAUAUAUUUACAUUGAUGAAACGCAUUACUGUUCAAACAUUAGGAAAAAUGGCUUUCUCGUAUGAUAUGGAAGCAUUGAAUAGUUUGGAAGAGGAACCAUAUUUUCUGACAACUUAUGAAAAAAUUGUAGAACUUAUUCAAAAUCCGCUUCUUAUGAUAUCGAGAUUUACUUAUAAGCUUCCGUUAAAAGUAAAUCGUGAACUCUCUCAAUUAAUUGGAGAAUUUGAUCAAUUUAUAUAUAAUGUUAUUGAACAACGAAAAAUUGAUCUUGCUAAAGAAAAAACAAAAGAAGACCAUAUAGAUUUGUUGGCUAAUAUGUUGGAAAAUAUUGGCAAUGAAAAUUUUGAAUACACUAUAAAGGACCUUAGAGAUGAGUUAACUUCAAUUUUUUCUGCUGGUCAUAAUACUACAGCAUCCUCGUUGAGCUCUGUUUUUUAUAACUUAGCAAGAUAUCCUGACAUUCAAAAAAAAGCAAGAGAAGAAGCAAUUCAAGUCUUAGGAAAUUACUCUAAAAUACCAAAUUCAGAGAAUGUUAAGAGCUUAAAAUAUAUAAAAGCAAUUAUCGAAGAGACACUUCGUCGUUAUCCAGCAGUAACAAUGCUACCAUUCCGUAAAGUUUUAAAGCCUUUAAGACUUACUCAAAAUAUCGUAAUACCAGAAGGAAUGAAUAUUUCACUGAAUAUUUGGCAGAUUCAUAAAAAUUCAGAUCUUUGGAGCGAUGAUUUUGUACCUGAAAAAUUUAUGAACCAAGAAACGAAAAAAAGUUGGAUUCCAUUCUCUAAUGGGCAUAGAAAUUGCAUUGGACAAAAUUUUUCAAUGAUGGAACAAAUAGUUGUUAUUGCAAUGAUGCUACUUAAUUUUGAAAUGUCUUUGCCUCCGGAGAGUCAAAAUUUGGAAAAAAUGCCAUUAAAAAGUUCUUUUUUUACUUUAUAUCCUAAAGACGUAAAGGUUAUAUUUUCUAAAUUAAAAAAAUAG